AAUGUAGAUCUGUGGAAAACACCACGGAGAUCUUGAGUGUGUCUCGGUGAUUCGAGGGUGGGACUUAAAUCCGACAUGUGCAUAUUCCUUCCUCCUUGGACUCGCUGCAAGCCCAGGUACAGCAUCAGUUCACUGAGGCUGUCUAACGCUGAACUGUCAUAGCAAAGAACUCACCACGCAUCCACCAGCACGAAGUUUCACUGACAACACACCGGGCCUGUGACUCAAUCCAGACCCCAUGAUGAGUUACUACAUGGAUUCAGUUUCCUCCUACCCGGCCCUUCACCCCUGUGACCGUCUGGGCGCGAUGAGGCAGAGUGGAGGGGUGGCUAUGGGACCACCAACCCAACUUCCUGGCGUGGUGGUUCACCCUCAGCAGCAGCAAUACUUCCCCCCAUCCAGACCCCAUUACCCUCAGGAUGUCACUCUGCAGGAGGUCCCGAACGGACACGACCUUGUACCAACAGAUCUAGAGUGUGGAGACGUUCCCCUGCUCACUCCAGGGAGUAAAGAGAUGAUGUCUCAGGCCCUGAAGGCCACUUUCAGUGGAUUCACAAAGGAACAGCAACGACUGGGCAUUCCUAAAGACCCCAGGCAGUGGACAGAGAGCCAUGUGGGAGAGUGGUUGACGUGGACGGUGAAUGAGUUCAGCCUGAAAAACGUAGACUUCCACAAGUUCUGUAUGAAUGGGGCCAGUCUGUGUGCGUUGGGGAAGGAACGCUUCCUGGAUCUAGCACCUGACUUUGUGGGUGACAUCCUAUGGGAACAUCUAGAGAUGCUUCAGAAAGAAGACACAAAGCAUUUCCCUGUCAACGGUCUGACCUCCACCUUCCAGGAAUCCCGCUAUACCUCAGACUACUUUGUCAGCUAUGGCAUUGAGCAUGCACAGUGCGUUCCUCCCUCUGAAUACUCAGAGCCAGGCUUCAUCACUGAGUCCUAUCAGACUCUUCACCCAAUCAGCUCUGAGGACCUUCUAUCACUCAAGUAUGAGAGUGAAUACCCCAGUGUCAUCCUUCGAGACACACCCCUUAACCCUCUGCAGGGGGACUACUUCCCCGUGAAGCAGGAAGUUGUCUCCCCUGACAACAUGUGUGUGGGCCGCAUCAGAAGAGGUAAGCUGGGAGGACAGGACUCGUUUGAGAGCAUUGAGAGUUUUGAAAGCUGUGACCGUCUGACCCAGUCCUGGAGCAGCCAGUCGUCCUUCAACAGCCUGCAGCGUGUCCCGUCCUAUGACAGCUUUGACUCAGAGGACUACCCAAACGCCCUGCAUGGAAACAAGCCCAAGGGGACAUUCAAAGAUUAUGUCAGGGAACGCUCUGACCUCAGCAAGGACAAACCUGUCAUCCCUGCUGCAGCACUGGCAGGAUACACAGGCAGUGGUCCCAUCCAGCUGUGGCAGUUUCUCCUGGAGCUUCUGACGGACAAGUCCUGUCAGUCCUUCAUCAGCUGGACAGGAGAUGGCUGGGAGUUCAAGCUUUCUGACCCUGAUGAGGUGGCUCGCAGGUGGGGGAAGAGGAAAAACAAGCCCAAGAUGAACUACGAGAAACUAAGUCGAGGCCUGCGUUACUACUACGACAAGAAUAUUAUUCACAAGACGUCAGGGAAACGAUAUGUAUAUCGCUUUGUCUGUGACUUGAAAAGCCUGCUGGGAUACACCCCAGAGGAGCUCCAUGCCAUGCUGGACGUUAAGCCUGAUACCGACGAGUGAAAACAGAGGGUUUAGAGAAGAGAAUAAUAGGAGAGUGAAGGAGCCGAGGGGACUGGGACACAGAGAGUGGUCUUUACCAUCUGGUAAAAUACCAUUUUGGAACAAGGUCCAUUUUGGAACAAAAAUUUCUAACACUUUAACUGUGACCUGUAUCCUUUGGGCUUUUGUCAAACAACUUUUAAAAAGGAAGCACACAUCAACCACAUUCAGAGUAUGGAUGCAUAUUCUGUUACGUUGGCAAUGUGAUAUCCGUAUAUACAGGUAUUACUUAGCAGCUCAAGGCUGAUGGAAAGCUGUAAUUUAGAACAGUUUGUCCAUUCAGCCUAAGUAGCACAAUAAACUGACAUUAAGGAAGGGGGCCAGGUGAAAGUAAAGUAUUCAUUGUAGGGAAGGACAUUGCAUGGAUGGAGAGUUCCUGCUAUGAAAUCUGUUGCCAAAUAAGGAAAUUAGUCAAAAUAGAUUAUAUUUACAUGCUUACUGUCUAUCUGCCUCACUGCACACAAUAGGCAUGGCUAGAGUUCUCAACCUGGACCAAAAAGUGUUAUUUUAAUGUUUUACUUUUGUUUCAGAAGGAUGUGUCUGCUAGGAUUACUGUUGAGAUUGAACUCCUGGUGUACAGUACUGUUGAGUCUCAGUCAAACCGGGUUCACCCAUUGUUUUACGUUGCUGAAGAUGUUAUGAAACCAAACGUUAAACCAUUUAAGGUUAAGUUAGUCUCCUCUGCGUAAGCCUGAUAUCUGAAGCAUGCUGAGUUGGUUAUCAGAAGACACUAGACACUGGCUUUUUUUCUCAUUUUCAUAAGUUGGAUGGAGCGUUACCUACUCAUAUCAUGAGUGGGUGACAGACAACUGAAAGUAACCGUUUCUUUUAAAACUGACGCUUUCAUUGUUGCACAUUUGCCUGUCUUCCACCAGGAGUAUAUUGCAUACAUUAAUGCCUUACCACCAGUAUUAAACGUUCACAGACACUUUUUAUGUUUAAAGGUUUUUGGACAUGAGAGUCAAACAUCCCUAAUGCAUACUAACACAUCUUUACACUGUGUUUUUCAAGUCCCCAUUUUAGCAUUUCUUCAGACGGGAGAAAAACGUUGUCGACAGGUUGAAUUAUGGGCCAUGUACUUGAGUGAUUGUUUUUGUAGGAAAGUCUAGUAAUGUUGGGUAGUGUACAGUUUUUUUGUUUUGAUUUCACUGUGUUAUGCAGUGUUUUGUGAAUAAAAGGAAGCCCUGAAAACCUGGUAAUGUAUUUUGAGGUACAUGGUGGUAGUAAGAGGAUACGAUAAGGGUUUGAAGCUAGUAUUGGAACCUGUGGAUAAAGGAAAAGGAAAGGGAUGUGAGGAAGACUGGGUAUUUCUGGGAGGGGAUCGUGAAGUGGGGAAGAUAAUCAGUAGUGUCUGAAAGAGAAUUAUCAUAAUUAUGACAUGAGGGUGAGAUGAAUACGUGUGCUGUUGUACAGCUUUGAGGCUUUUGUUAAACUGAAGUGUUUCUAUAGAUGCUCUCUUUCACCACUGUCUUAGGAAGUAGAGAUUUAUAGGAAAUAGUACUACCAUAUACAAUCGGGCUAAAGGACUACUGGUAAUACAGUAUGUGGUAUUUUCUUGUCAUGCUUUGUACACGCUUUUCUAAUAUUACUAAGUCAGAAAGGCACCGAAAUCCAUAUGGAAUGAUAUCUGAAAUUAUAUGCCAUAAAUACUGUAUAUACCCGUGCAGCUUUCUCAAGAUCCACAUUAGUUGUGCUGGUUCAGUUUUGAGUAAUGUCGUCAGUGGGAACAUGACUGUACGCAGGCCUUAUGGGAAAAGCCAAAGUCAAGUCAAAAAAUAUCUUAAAUACAAAUGUUAUUGUUUACAGAGGCUAAAUGUUACCCAUACUAAUGGAAAUAGCGUCUGAAAUAUCUGUAAAUACAGAUUGCAUUUCAUAACGGUUUAUUAAGACUCAGAUUAAAAUAAUAAGCAAGAGGCAAAGCAGGAAUAAUAAACAAACCCAUGUGAGGUCUGGCGAUAGAUAUUGCUCUGGGUAUGUCCACCAUCUUGGAGGACAGGGGCCGUUAUUCUGCCACAGUUACAGUGUCGAUUCUGCAAUGAUCUUUUGAUUUGCUGGAAAGCACUCAGUGUUGGAACUCAGCAAAGAGCUUUUGCUGGACUGAGUUUAGUUCCCACUUGAGAUUAUAGGAAAGAGAUUUGGUCUAUAUUAGUUGCUUUUUGGUUGGACAACUGGCCGCAGGACAGGGUAGAAUUUUCCGGUGUCAGUCAGCACAAACAUACACACUUGGAAUCUUGUGUAGAGACAAUUGAAUGAUCUUCAAUUAAACAAAUCUAUCCAGUCUCUCUGGUUCCAUCCUUUUAUGCACGCUACAGUUCCAGGAUUCAAAUCACUGAUUAUUACUGUUCAGGUUUUUUACUCCAAAGAAUGUUUAUAUUAUGUUAGGGGUAAAGAUAUUUAAAUAUAUGCUUAACUUGUUGUUGAUGAUGUCCUCCAAGUCAGUCACAAUUUUAAGUAGACCAAAAUGUAAUGUCUUUGUCCUUUUAAAUCAAACAUACUGUGUCUGUUUGGACUUCAAAGUCAAGUUUGUUUAGCUGUCAAGCAAAGUCUCUGUCAAACAAAAUCUACUAUUAGUUAAUGUCAUAUAUGUAAAGUCAUAGACACAAGUACUGCAUAGACCUUUCUAAAUGGAUUAAAUACUUACAUACACAGAUACCUUGCGAUAAUAUUAACAUAUCUCAGACUCCAUUAGGAAACCUGUUUUUGUUAUGGAUGUUGUUUUUCUUGUAUAUUUUAUAGUUUUCUGUAUUUUUGUUAAUGAGAUUUUUUAUGCAUUUAGUUUACAAACAUUUGAAUAUUUUUCAAUAAUUUAUAUUUUAUAAAAGAAAAAAUGAGUUUGCAGACAGCUGGUGCUUUCAUGGGAAAUAAAGGUAGCGCAGAAAAGAAAUUUAGCAACUUUCUUUUGUUUUUGAAGAUAUAAAGAAUAGACCUGUCUGGCUGAUGCUGGCCCAUCAUUGAUUUCUGCUGGAAAGUUUUAUAAACUGUAACUUCUAUUUCUUAAUGUACAUCAAAAAUGUUAUGUAAAAAAAAUAUAUGUGAACAAAUAUUUCA